ACGUCGUCUUAUCUUGUUAACGGUUGACUAAUUUCUGUAGAGUCAAUGUAGAUUUAUGCACGUUUUAAGAAGUUCAGGUAGUUUUUCUUAAAUUAUAAUUAAGUUGAGGUCGGUUUUGGCACUGACCAUUUGUUCGGGUCCAAUUUGGCACGAUUGAGAGUGUUGGGGUCGAAAUUGGCAUUUUUCCUUGUAUAUUAAAACGACGUCGUUUUAUCAUGUUAACAGUUGACUAACUUUUGUUAGAGUCAAUGUAGAUUUAAGCACAUUUUAAGAAGUUUGGGUAGGUUUUUCGAAUUAUAAUUGAGUUGAGGUCGUAUUUGGCACUGAUCAAUUGUUCGGGUUGUAUUUGGCACGACAUAAAUUGUUGGGGUCGAAAUUGGCACUUUUCCGGUGUUUUGGCUUGGUCCUUGUACUGUUCGCGGGCCCCACUGACACGUGGCGGCCCGCGAUUAGUUUGUUUCUAUCUUUUUUUUUCUUUUCAGUCGAAAAAAAAAAAUUAAGAACCUUUACCGAUAAUGUUGCCCUUAGACUGUCCAAAAAAAACAGUUAAAGAGUUCUUCCCGUACAAUGUCUUAAAAAGCCAGUCGCAUUAUAACCUCUCAAAACCAAACACACGCAUCUAUCACACGAUCUCUUCUUCUCUGACGUAUAAUGGUAGUCUGACCAAAGAUUUUCAAAAAAUAUAAUGGGGAAAACAAGCAAGUGGAUUCGAAAUUUCUUAACGGGAAAGAAGGAGAGAUCAAAGGAAAAGAUUAUCCAGAGUGAGUGUGGUGGAUUCACUUCACCGGUUCCAGGUAUUCCUAAAGAGAAACGUCGAUGGAUUUUUAGACGUUCUUCUUCCACUAGACCACCAGUUUGUGCUUCUACCCUCAAAGUUUCAUCUCCACCGGUUCAACCGUCACUGCCUCCACCGCCACAACCAUUUGAGGUCGCAAACGUGGACACUGAACAUGAUGAGAACAAGGGCGCGGAGAUUGCAAUGGCUGUUGAAGAAUUUGCAGCAGUGAAGAUUCAGGCCUACUAUCGUUCCCAUUUGGCGAGGAAAGCAUUAAGAGCCUUAAAAGGGUUAGUGAAAUUGCAAGCACUUGUGAGAGGUCAUUUAGUGAGGAAACGAGCAACAGCUACACUUCGAUGCAUGCAAGCGUUGAUUACACUUCAGGCUAAAGCUCGAGAACAGAGGAUUCGUACGAUAGGAGAUUCAACACCAAAAUCCACAAAUCCAAGAACACCGAUUCAUAAAACCCGGAUCAGUGACAUUUACCACGAGAAUGACGAGAACAUCGAGAAUGUGGAAAUGGAGAUUCAGUCCAAAUUUUACUCUCCGGCUCCUUCUAUAACCGAUAUGAGUCCUAGCCAUUUCGAGGAUUGUAACUCGUUCAGCAGAGCUCAACGCAGUCCUCAGUGUUUCGGAUUCAAAGAGUAUUACAAUGGAGAUACUUUGUCUUCUUACGGCUAUCCUCUCUUCCCAAAUUACAUGGCUAAUACUCAGUCUUCUAAAGCCAAGGCUCGGUCUCAGAGUGCGCCGAAGCAGAGACCUUACGAGAUGUACGAGAAGCAUACGAGCGCGAGGAGAAGAUCUAACGUGGAAGCACCGAGGAACGGUGUACUUAAGGCCGUACGGAUGCAUAGAGCUUCAUCUCAAUUAGGAAAGGAAAGUCAACAUGAGUAUUAUCCGUGGAUGGCGACUAAGUUCCAUAGAUCAAACAUUUCGCUUAUGGCGAGUGAGUGCGGAUCUACCAGUACAUUUAUGACCAAUACCAACUACGGUAGAGAUGUUGAUGUUCAGGGGAACGUGCAACAAGCGUGAUUUAGAAAUUCUUAAGUGAUAUGAGAUAUUACUGGAAAAAACAUAGACCAGUCUAGAAACUAAAGAAUGGUUCAAGGAAGAACAAAACCUCUAUAUGUAGUAUAAGAGAUAUCUCGUCUUAAAUCUUGAUUCUUGCUUUUCAACUUUACAAUUCUCACUGACGUUUUGAUAUUUUUGGAUAAUUUGUUAGUGUUAGUCAAAUCCAUGUUCCUAAGAAGAAGAAAAAAAAUCUACUAGUGUGGUGCUGAAACGAGGGCCAGCACCAGGGGGUUGGUAUAUCUGACAUUUAUUCGAUUUCACUAGGUCGCAAACUAGAUAAUAAAGAAGAAAAAUGAAAAAGAAUUAACAAUUCUAAUAAACUACCAAACGAGGUUUUAGUUUUAUUUCCGAUUCUUUAUUUCAUCAACUUAACCAACUCAUAAUUCCCCUCAUAAUGCCCAUAACUUUAGGUAAUAUUCAAAAUUUUCAUAUCAGUACUUUUAAAUUGCAAGAACUAGAUUUUGAGCCGCGCUUUUCAAACGCAUGUUUUUUGGCUUAUAUUAUAAUACAUAGUCUUCUUAUAUCGAAAAAUAUAACUUUAACAGUUAUAUAAUCUACGAAUUAGUUUAUUUGAGAUUUUAUAUGUACACUUUUACGUAAGUUUCUUUUAAGCAUGAGAAUUAUAUCCGGAUCAAUAAAACAAACCGAACCGACCCAAAAAUAUAGGUUUAGUUCAGGUCCAGAGAAAAUAACUUAUUGGGUUUUUUUUGGACCCGC